UUCCAAGUUCCAACCUGGGUCGAAAAAUCCGAAGCCAUGGAUGUGAGGGCCUCCACUUCGCCGUUCAGCCCAAAUAUCGCUGACACCCUCGGUGAUGCUAACAUUUUCACCGCCGCUGGUGACUCCGUCUUCUUCAAGGACCUCUGGGAUCAGAACCGUGGAAUAGCUGUUGUUGCACUUUUGAGGCACUUUGGAUGCCCUUGCAGUUGGGAACUUGCUUCUGCUCUGAAAGAAGCGAAACCAAAGUUCGACGCAGCUGGUGUCAAAUUGGUGGCAAUUGGCGUUGGCACUCCUAACAAAGCUCGGAUUCUUGCAAACCGGGUUUGUUUCUUUCUCUUCUCAUGUUACCUGAAUGUAUUUUCGGCACCAGUUUUGUAAAUCUCCGUU